GUUGUUUUGUUGCAUAACGACAGUGUAUCAUUAGUGCGCGUGAAUUGUUCGGGCGUUAUGACGCGCUGUGAUUAAAUAUGUUGUCCGACGCAUACGGUUCAUUGUUAGAUUCUGUCGAUUCAUAUUACUGUGGAAAUAGCUAGUUAUGGGAAAUUCUAGUUCUUCUAGUAAUGAUCAAAGCAGCUGGAUAGCCGUUUCUGCUCAUGAUGGGACUAAUCCUGUUUUUGAGCCCUCACUUCGGUCAGUAGUUGAAAGACGAUCUGUUUUUCCUUCCAAGAAUGUCUUAAACAAUGGUCAAAUAUCCUCUUCUAUGCUUCCAACACAAGCGGUAUCUGAUUCUUCGCAAAAUUUCGAACAUUUACGUUAUCAGUCGUACACUGCAAAUUACGUUUCUGAUAUUCUUCAACAUUCUAAGGGAACAAAAAGAACUAAUGAUUUUCCAAGCGUUCCAGUGACCGUUGCUAGUGCAAUAACUGUUGGAAACAAUUCAUGCUUUCCAAAUACACAUCAGUCUACAAACUUUCCAGCAACUCAGCAGCCAGUUAACCUUCAGGAAAAUUCCCUUGUACACAUACGAAACAAUGCGGCUCAUUCUUCCUCUCAGAUACCCACAGAAGGACAGUUCGUAGCUCUACAUGAUUAUGUUAAACGUGUAGACGAUGAUCUGAAUAUGACAAAAGGUCAAAUAUUCAAUAUACUUGAUAACUCGCAUAGUGAUUGGUGGUAUGCUGAAUGCGUGUCUACUGGGAAUCGAGGUUACGUACCCAAAAACCACUUAGCAGCUGUCACUAGUUUGGAGUCGAAUGAGUGGUAUUUUGGAGAGCUGAAACGUGUUGAAGCGGAACACUACCUUCAAUUACCGGGCAAUGAUCAUGGCUCCUUCUUGGUUCGGAUUAGUGAAUCCCAGUCAAGUGAAUACUCCUUAUCAGUACGAGAAGAGAAUACAGUUAAACAUUAUCGUAUCCGAUCGAGGUAUUCACGCACUGAUCCCACUUUAAAGCGUUUCUACAUUUCAAGACAAUUGCCCUUUGUUAAUAUUCAGCAGUUGGUCAAUCACUAUCUAGAAAACCAAUCAGGUUUGUGUUGUCGGCUGGGAAAGCCAUGUAUUCGGCCGACUCACCCAGAACCUGUGGGUCUGUCACAUAAACUUAUUGAUAAGUGGGAAAUCCCGAAAUCCUCAAUUAUCUUAAAAGAGAAAAUUGGACAAGGUCAAUUCGGUGAAGUCUUUAAAGCUGUAUGGAAUAAAACGACAAUCGUUGCUGUGAAAACUCUCAAACCCAGUUCCUGUGAUGCCGCUGAUUUCCUUCGUGAAGCCCAAACAAUGAAGCGACUCCAUCAUCCAAAUCUAAUCCAACUCUAUGCUGUUUGCACACAAUCAGAGCCAUUCUACAUUGUCACAGAAUACAUGUCGAAAGGUUCUUUAUUGAAUUACUUGCAAUCUCCUGAAGGUCGUGCAUUGGAUAUUCAAUGUUUAAUUGUGAUGGCUGCUAAAAUUGCUUCUGGUAUGGCUUACCUGGAGUCCAGACGUCACAUUCAUAGAGAUUUGGCAGCUAGAAAUGUUCUUGUCGGUGAUCAGCAUGUAGUGAAGAUAGCGGAUUUCGGGCUGGCUCGAAUGAUUCAUAAUAGAGAAUAUGUAGCACAUGCAGGAGCUAGAUUUCCUAUAAAGUGGACAUCACCGGAGGCGGCUAAUUAUUCGCGUUUUACAAUAAAAUCUGAUGUAUGGUCUUUCGGGAUUUUACUGACUGAAAUAGUUACAUAUGGUCGUUCUCCGUAUCCAGGAAUGCACAAUGCAGAAGUGCUUAGACAAGUGGAUGCCGGUUACCGUAUGUCUAAGCCACCAGGUUGUCCACCUGAAUUGUAUGAUCUUAUGCUAGAAUGUUGGGCAGCUGAUGAAAAUAAACGGCCUUCAUUUGCAACAAUUCAUGCUCGUUUAGAACAGUUUUGUGAAGAUGAACAACCAGCCUACAGAAAUGCCAGUCAUCCUAAUAAUAAUAAUUCUAUGGUAGUUUUGCAGAAUAAACAGAAUGUUUCUUCCGGAGCCUAUCACAAUCACAUUGAGAUUUCUGUUUCACCAUAACCACUUUCACAAUCUGAAUCCGAGAACUGAUAUCCUGUUAUAACUAGGAUUGUAAUGAUUCACCAUCUACAACUUCUUUUAAUUAUGUAAAUAUGAAUAUUAAAUACUGUGCCUUUCAAAUAUUUUUGAGUAGUGAAUGCCUUUCAAUAUGUGAUGAGUUGCUUGUAAGGUCUCCAACGAGUCCAGUACCGUCUGUUCAAAUAUGUGUACUUUUGUUUGUGGAUAAUUUCUUUCCAACCAGUUUAGAAGCAGUUAUUUUGUCGUGACUAAAUUGUCCACAACUGAUUUAAACUAACCGCUGAGUUUGUGUUUAGUCAACUGCAUGUCUGCCAUGAUGAAGUCUAGGUUUUUAUUUUUUAUUAAAAUAAAUAAUUCAGUAUCAUGAUCAGUAUGCUUACUUUUUUUAUUGUAAUAAAAUUUCUGGAAGUGUAUAAUUCGUU